AUGUAUUAUAUUCAAUUUCUCCUCGUCGCCGUGUUAAUGGUCAUGUGUACAGAGCCCAGGUAUUUUUUUCACCGCGGAACCCGCGGAGCAUCGUUGUUUUUGAUGUUUUCUAGCUGAAAUAAUCCUCUCUCUCUCUCUCUCUCUAAACUAAACCCCAAAAACGAAAUAAUCCCAGCGAAAAAAAAUUUUUGACAAAAAAAGUACAAACAAAAUUGAAUUUACUUUGUUUGCGCUGACGAAAUUUGAAACUUUUUUGGGUGUCAGGAAAAUUAUGCAACAACGAUGCUCCGCACUUACGCCGUUUUUUUGAGGGGGAAAACUUUAGAAAAAAAAACAACGAUGCUCCGCACUUACAACAAAUGUUCCGCGAAAAAUUCAAAAUUUAAAUUCUCGAGCCAAAAACAACGAUGCUCCGCAAUUACAACAAAUGUUCCGCGAAAAAUUCAAAAUUUAAAUUCUCGAGCCAAAAACAACGAUGCUCCGCAAUUACAACAAAUGUUCCGCGAAAAAUUCAAAAUUUAAACUCUCGAGUCAAAAACAACGAUGCUCCGUAAUUACGACAUGUGUAGUUCUCUCGGAAAACAGAAAAAUUCAAAUAAUGAGCAAAAAACAACGAUGCUCCGCACUUACAAAAUUUUUUUUUCGCGAAAAAUUCAAAAUUUAAAUUCUCGAGUCGAAAACAACGAUGCUCCGCACUAACAAAAAUUUUUUUUUUCGCGAAAAAUUCAAAAUUUAAAUUCUCGAGCCAAAAACAACGAUGCUCCGCACUUACAACAAAUGUUCCGCGAAAAAUUCAAAAUUUAAAUUCUCGAGCCAAAAACAACGAUGCUCCGCACUUACAACAAAUGUUCCGCGAAAAAUUCAAAAUUUAAACUCUCAAGUCAAAAACAACGAUGCUCCGCAAUUACGACAUGUGUAGUUCUCUCGGAAAACAGAAAAAUUCAAAUAAUGAGCAAAAACCAACGAUGCUCCGCACUAACAACAAUUUUUUUUCGUGAAAAAUUCAAAAUUUAAAUUCUCGAGUCAAAAACAACGAUGCUCCGCACUAACAACAAUUUUUUUUCGUGAAAAAUUCAAAAUUUAAAUUCUCGAGUCAAAAACAACGAUGCUCCGCACUAACAACAAUUUUUUUCGUGAAAAAUUCAAAAUUUAAAUUCUCGAGUCAAAAACAACGAUGCUCCGCACUAACAACAAUUUUUUUUCGUGAAAAAUUCAAAAUUUAAAUUCUCGAGCCAAAAACAACGAUGCUCCGCAAUUACACCAAUUUUCUUACAGAAAAGCAGUUUAUCGUCGAAAUUCGCCGACGCUACGAAGAAUGGCUAGGAAUUAUGAUUGGGAAGAGGAUGAUCACGGCGGCCUAAGGCCUGUGAUUCGGCCAGCAAAAGUGAGUUUUGUUUGCCCCGAAAAAAUCCUCACCUAGAAUUGAUUUCAGGUCGAAAGAUCGACUAAAAAUUGUGCAAACGAUUCACACAUCCUUAACACAAUUAUGCAGAAUUAUAAUAGGCACAAGAUUCCAGGCGGACAAGUUUCAGUGGAAGUUGAAGUUUGGGUUCAGGAGAUCACGACGAUUUCAGAUAUCACUAGUGAUUUUCAGGUGAGCGCGCGGAAGCGGAGCCUCGUAAUCUUCUCAAAGUUUCUAGCUCGACAUCUACAUCUAUGAAACGUGGCAUGAUCCAGCUCUAGAUUACGCCGCUUUGGCUCCAUGUAAAUAUAAUUUAUCACUGAAUUCGGUGCUCUUGGAGAAACUUUGGACACCGAAUUCGUGUUUUAUUAAUUCAAAAACUGCGGAUAUUCACAAAUCACCAUUUCCCAAUAUAUUUUUGAUGAUUUAUGCGAAUGGAACAGGUAGGUCUUUCGCGAGUGUAUUCCGCAAGCUUCCGCGAAGCGGCAUAGCUUGCGGAAAAUGCUGUCUUCCAAAGACCACCACGUUCAUACAUCAAAUUCCUAUCAAACACGCAAAUCUCUUGGUUUUUUCCCAUCAAUCUCCCCCUUCUCACAAAAAAAUUCCCACAGGACAAUUUUUGAUAAUUUUUUUCCUCGCAUCCACAAAAUGAAAAAAACAAGAGAACUACCAAAAAGCCUCGAGUGGCUAAGUGGUAGCGUUUUGGAUUUUGAGGCUAGAGGUCACGGGUUCGUGCCACGAUGCCUCCUACUAUAAUUUUUUUAUUUUUCGGCGGAAUCCAUGGGCGGGAAAUUCAAUUUUCGAUCAUCAUCAUCAUCAUCGGCCAAAAUCUAAUCGUGCUCUUCCUUCCUUUUUUCUCGGGCCGCGCCGCCGUUUUCCACCAAAAACACGAGAAAAGGAGGAGAAUUUAUUGAAUUUGUGUGCUUUUUUCUCGCGAGAUACGAAAAUUUGCAUAUUUUUUGGGGGGAAGCGCAAAACACAGAUACAGUAAUCUUGGGAGAAAAUCUGUUAGGAGGAAUUUUAAUUGAAUCAAGUCAUGCGAAAAAUUAGAAAUUCGAGAUUUUUUUUUGCAGUUUGGACAAAUUAUCGACUCAAACUUCAGGGACCAUGUAUUAUGGAUUUGACGAAGUGAGUUUAAUAUGAGCAAUGCUCAACUAGGUUGCAUGUUCCUUUAAAUUCUCCAAAUUGUUUUUUUUUCCAGAUUCCCAUUUGACAAUGUGACGUGUUCUUUAACUUUUGAGAGUUUCAAGUGAGUUUUUUUCCAAAUUCCUAAAGAUUUCAGUUUCAAAAAUGUUUGCAGCUACAACACAGACGAGGUAAAAAUGGACUGGUCGGAGAAAGGUGUGCAAAAAAUGAGGGAUAAAAUGGAGCUGGCUGAUUAUGAAUUGGUGGAUAUUAAUAAAAUUCGAAAAGAGGAGGUUGGUAGAGAUUUUUGCGCGCGAAAAAUUGAUCUAGAAAAGUUUUGAUUUGGCUUCGUACUUAAUUGAUUGAGUAUCUAAUGUCUUGAUUUGGCUGCGUACCUCAACUGAGUAUCAAACGUAAUUUUAUUCCAGGAAUACCCCGCUGGUUAUUGGCACGAAUUAACAAUGAGUUUUGAGUUCAAAAGACGAGCCGGUUGGUAUAUUUUACAAGCUUAUUUGCCGACUUAUUUAACAAUUUGUAUUUGUAAGUUUUUUUAAAUUUAGCCAAUUAUAAUUGCAAAUGAGACUAAUCAUUUUAUUUUUAGCUUGGAUCUCAUUUGCACUUGGCACAAAAGCAAUUCCGGCUCGAACAAUGUUAGGGGUCAAUUCAUUGCUGGCUAUGACUUUUCAAUUCGGAAAUAUUAUUCGAAAUUUGCCGAGGGUUUCGUAUGUUAAGGUGAGAAUUAAGUAUACGCCAACAAGUAAUUGACUGACGUAAAUUUUGUAGGCUAUCGAUGUUUGGAUGCUCUCCUGCAUGACAUUCGUCUUCUGCUCAUUACUCGAACUCGCCUGGGUCGGUUAUCUCUCGCGCGAAGAAGAGCCCCUCACCAUCCGUCACCCGCCACCCGCUCAAGUUGCCCCAACUUCCCAACACGUCCAUCAUCAAACACAAUCACAAACCCUUCACCAUCGUCGAAACCACCAUCAGAAACAGCCGAAAAACGAGGAGGAAUCGGCGUUGCUCAGUUUGAGAGACAAUGAUUAUGGUUAUAUUCCGCCGGGUUUUGGUUUGCAUAAUGGGCAUGGGGGAAGUAGCGGGAAUGUUAUCAAGAGUUUUUCGUCGACGUGUUCGUGUGAACAGGCGGCGAAUGUGGUGACGAUGAUGAGUUUGGAUGAGGCUGAGCAGAUUCCGCCGAGUCAAUCGGCUUAUUUGUCGAGGUGAGGACCCCGCACUGAGGGGGGGGGGGGCGAGUGUAAACCGCAAGCUUCCGCGUAGCGGCACUAUCUUCCGCUUCAGCGGCCACGUCGUGCCACCACAUAAAUCCGAGGAGAUGCAGAGAAAAAAAGACACCGUACUCCUCCCCGGUUCCUUAGGUGCAUCGCUGCGAGACCACACAAAAUCUCUGCGUCUCUACGAAAUUAUCUUUUCCCAUUUUUCUGGCACGACGUGGCGUCACUACUCCGAGAGAAGUACACACAGAUAUAUAUAAUGUGUGCUAUAGAGCGAAUUUUCUUUCCUAGUGGUCAAGGUUGUGUUUAAGCCGCUUACAAAAUUCGAGCGCUCCGCGCGAGUCUAAACCGCAAGCUUCCGCGUAGCGGCACUAUCUUCCGCUUCGGUGGCCAGUUAUGCGUCACUACUCCGAGAGAAGUACACACAAAUAAAUUAUAUGUGCGAUAGAGCGAACUUUCCUACCUAGUGGUCCAGGUUGUGUUUAAGCAUCUACACAAUUCGAGCGCUCCGCGCGAGUCUAAACCGCAAGCUUCCGCAUAGCGGCACUAUCUUCCGCUUCAGCGGCCAGUUAUGCGUCACUACUCCGAGAGAAGUACACACAAAUAUAUAUAUAAUGUGUGCGAUAGAGCGAACUUUCUUUCGUAGUGGUCAAGGUUGUGUUUAAGCCGCUUACAAAAUUCGAUGGCUCCGCGCGAGUCUAAACCGCAAGCUUCCGCGUAGCGGCACUGUCUUCCGCUUCAGCGGCCAGUUAUGCGUCACUACUCCGAGAGAAGUACACACAGACAAAUUAUAUGUGCGAUAGAGCGAACUUUCUUUCCUAGUGGUCAAGGUUGUGUUUAAGCCGCUUACAAAAUUCGAGCGCUCAGCGCGAGUCUAAACCGCAAGCUUCCGCGUAGCGGUACUAUCUUCCGCUUCAGCGGCCAGUUAUGCGUCACUACUCCGAGAGAAGUACACACAAAUAAACUAUGUGUGCGAUAGAGCGAACUUUCCUUCCUAGUGGUCAAAGCUGUGUUUAAGAUAAUAUAGCCUCUCUUACACAAUUCGAGCGCUCCGCGCGAGUCUAAACCGCAAGCUUCCGCGUAGCGGCACUAUCUUCCGCUUCAGCGGCCAGUUAUGCGUCACUACUCCGAGAGAAGUACACACAAAUAAACUAUAUGUGCGAUAGAGCGAACUUUCUUUCUUAGUUUUAAGGUUUUAAAGGUUGUGUUUAAGCUAAUAUAGGCUCUCUUACACAAUUCGAGCGCUCCGCGCGAGUCUAAACCGCAAGCUUCCGCGUAGCGGCACUUUCUUCCGCUUCAGCGGCCAGUUACGAAAUUGAAAAAUGUGGCCGCCGUAAAAAUGAAAACUAACCUUCGUCAGCCGCGUGCGGCUGUGCGGCGCGGUCGGAAAACAAUCAAUAAUUCAUUUUCUUUUCCGACCGCGCCGCACAGCCGCACGCGAGUGACGAAGUUUAGUUGUUUUCAUACGUUAACAGCACUUCCGCUCUCAAAAAAUCCAAUUUUUCUUCAGAAAACAACGUCGCGAAAUGCUAGCCCACAAAAUCGACUCCGUAUCCGUGUUCAUGUUCCCAUUCCUCUUUGUUUUAUUCAACAUUGCCUAUUGGCAACAUUAUCUACGUGUAUAA